GUGUGACUACCGAAAUCGCCUUUGGUCCUGCCACGACCUUCGAGGACGCCUCAGGCUUUCGCGGAGGCGUGCUGCGCUACCGCUUUCGAACGACCCACCAUGGACUCUAUGCCACCUCAUUUGAAGCCACCAGGGCUGGAAGCGGAGCUGCCUGCUCCCAUAUGCGCGGCAUCAAGAGAAGAUACACUCUUGCCUUUGGGACAUGAGAAAGUCAACGCACGCCAUAGCUUUGGUGGUAGGCUAGAUCCUCGGCAGCCGGAACUGUCGUCUCCUUCCAAGGCCUCUAGUCCUGGAGCAUCUGGCAGCCCGCUCGGUCUUGGUCAGGAAUCUCGACCACCGUCCAAGAUAAGUCACUCGAGCAGCUCAGCAUCGCAGCAGAGCUCGACGGGACCUCUGGAUGUGCGGUAUGACAAAGUCUCAGCUUGCAUUGAAGGUCACCGCCCAGGUCGAGAGGUUCAAGAUGUCAAUCCCCUUGCAGAGCGUCAUGUUCACCGCGACUACUCGCACGCAAAUCCUCAAGUGUCCAAUCAAAUGGAUCUUGGGGGCUCUGUAGAUGGAUUUCAGGCGCAUCACGUCAACAGUAGAUACUCCGGUGCCAUCCACGACUGGCAGCAACAGUACCCGACAGCCUCGCACCAAGGUUACGCUCCGUUCGAUAAUCAGCAAUCGGCGCACGAUGCUAAGGUGUCGUCUUCGGGUUCGCGCGCGUGGCCUACAGCACAUCACUCUCCUACUGCAGCGUCCUUGUCCCGCUUCGUCGGCUACGACGGAUCUGCCCAAGGGCCGUGGUUUGGCCCAACCUCGUCGAUGAGGAGCGGAGAGCUGGAAGUCGGAUCACAUCCGGGUGGACAACGUCCUCAUGCCUGGUCGCCAUCAGGGACAGUCGCAGAGCCCGCCGCGCCAUUUCCAAGCUGUCAUUCUGCUGGUUGGACCGCUUCAAGAGCGGAGCGCUAUGCAUUCCCGACGCCACAAAGUCCUUCGGCAAUCACUGCGCAGCGUGCAGCUCACCCGAGCCUCCACGCACAGACGCGGCCUUUGAGCGAAGCUGCCGCAGUCGGCGGCGAAACGGAAUUCAGCAUCUUCGUGGGUGAUCUCAGCCCACACGUUCUAGAGGAAGAUCUGGUGUCUUCUUUCUUGAGCCCACCGCUUUACCCACCGAGUCAUCCUAUCUCCAUUGCCAGAGCACAUGCACAGCAAGCUCGGGGCGACUACAGUCCGCCUCUCCGGUGGGGCCCCGCACCUUUCAGGAGCACCAAGUCUGCCAAGAUCAUGACGGACCCGAGUACCGGAGCAUCUCGAGGCUUUGGAUUUGUUCGAUUUGUGGACGUGGAGGACUGCAAUCGCGCGCUCACAGAGAUGCAAGGCGUGGUGAUUACUCCGGCAAGUGGUCUUGGCCCGGGUCGACCACUGCGGGUCUGCACGGCCACACCCAAGAAUCGCAAUUCGAGCGGGGCAGGCUCGCCUCUAACAGCACCAUCGAGCGCAGUGGACGGGCUAAGAUCAGGUGGACCACGGGAAGCGUACGCCAACGCGCAAUCAGUGUAUACGACUGCUGGGAGGCCUGUGCCGCCGGGACCAGGCCCGGCCCCAAAUUACCCGUUAGGGAUUGAUGCGUCCUUCUAUGCUGGACACCAAGAUGGCAUAUCCGCUCCGCCAGGCGGUGCGGCCCGCGUCGGCGACGAGUACGGAGCAGCUACUGGUUACGGAGUUCAGUCGCCACUCCCUUUCUCAGCCUCACGUAGCGAGGUCGCGGUGUCUAUACUGCCUCCACCGACCAUGCCAGCAAAAUUAGAGCCGGUGUCAGAGAUGCCCAGCAUGGGAGGAACCAAUAGCGCGAUGGACCCAAACAAUACGACUGUCUUCGUCGGUGGGCUAUCGAGCCUGAUCUCCGAGGAGACGCUCAAGACGUUCUUCGUACCAUUUGGGGAGAUCACCUACGUCAAGAUUCCUCCUGGCAAAGGUUGCGGUUUCGUUCAAUUUGUCAACAAAGGGGAUGCUCAAAGAGCGAUUGAGCGAAUGCAGGGCUUUCCAAUUGGCGGAGGUCGUAUUCGACUGAGUUGGGGCCGAAGUCAAGGUGAUAAAGCUGCAGCCGCUGCAGCUAAUGCUGCAGCCCAGGCUACCCAAAUCGGACAGCUUGCAAAUUUGAGCGGUCUAGGGAGCUUGAAUGCGCAGCAGCUCACACAAUUGGCAGGCCUCAGCUCCGCACUGAGCGCCGUACAAAACGCUCGCCCACUAGCGGCCCCUUCUGCGUCCACACCAGCAGCGCUACCGACGUCUGACUUGCUACGUCACCUGUCAGCUUUCUCAGAAGCCGCAGCCCAAGGUAAUAGCAACUUAGCUGGCCACGGAACCAGUUCCACCAAUGGCGCAGCGCCGCCCCUACCAAUCGGCACUGGCCUCAGCUCCCACUCUAGCCUUCCGCUGCCAUCAGGCGCGAGCACCCACAAUGAGCAAAACGGUCCGAUACCCGGCGUCUCCUCAAGCUCCGACUUUUUGCAGCAAAGGCCGCGCGAAGAUUUCCAAGCGCAUGGUGGACAGCGUUCGGGAAUCAACCCUGCUGAGGUGCAGCAUCACUUGGAGGCCUUGCUUCAGUCGCUCGGGCGAGGCGCAUCAAGUCCAACUACUGCUCAACAGGGUGCAAGUGAGCUCGCUGAUCGCUUUGCUUCCUUUGGCAUUCGCGCUCCAAGUGCGGUCCAGACCGGGGGGUCGUACCGCGUCGACAGUACCGAGCGCGUGCGUAGCCAGACGUACGACACCACUCACUACUCUGUGCAGCAAGCGGAACCGCAACCGCAACCGCAACCGCAGCCUCCGUCUCUGCCCCUCUCCGCGAGGCCUCAAUCACAGCCUUGGAAUCAGCCAGGUGGCGCACCUCGAUCAGCGCUGCCUGCUUAUCUGCGCCCUUCCGAAGCUGCAGAGACCUGGUCCAGGCCUGAUAUGUUCUCUCCCUUCUCGCCCGUCUCUUCGCCCCAGCCGAGACACGACGCUUCGUCUGAGCGAGAGCGCACACCGUGAAGAGCACGGCCGCCUGCUUCAUUGGCCAUAGUGAUCUGGCUCGAACACACCAGCAUCUCGUUCUCGCUCAGCACAAUCCAAUACCAGCGCAUGCGCUCUAUCUGAUACCACUUGAUGCAAAGUGAUCAGCCGACCUCGCUGUGUGCACGCCCCUAGGCCGGUCAUCG